GCUUUGGGAUUUUCCUGUUCAGAUACAUAUUCUUCUGACACAGCUUGUUUCAUUUCUUUCUUCCUGUUUCUCUGCGUCUGCUGCUUUGCCAUGAUCUACAGUAGUGCCAGAGCAAGUUUGCUAAUUCAGUACUAAGGACGUCAAGGGGACUCGAGGACCCAAUCAAGGGUCUGACGAAGCAGGGCAGGGGUGGGCUUGCUAUUCUUGGACAAGGGGGAGGUAAAUAUUUCACCAGCCCACCCUCAGCUUCUUCAAGUUUUCCUACCUUCCACUCCCCUUCUCAUCAAAGCAAGCAAGGCUACAGAACUGGGAUACAGUGGGGAGAAGUUUCACAUAUACACUGCUGGGAUCUGGAGUUUAUACCUAGGACCACUCGCAAGCCAUGGUUUGGAUAUUCAGAGACAGGUGCAUGGCUCCGUUCCUGGGGAUUUUGAGCUGCAUCUACUGCAUAGCCCAGAGUGCCUCUCCUACAUCCCUGAAAUGUGACGAGCCUCUGGUAUUGGGGUUACCCCAUCAGUCCUUCAGAAGUUCUUCAAUGAAAUCGGGAAGUUAUGCUCCAGGUUAUGCCAAACUCAACAAGAGAGACGAGGCUGGCGGCUGGUCACCUUUGGACAGUGAUCAUUAUCAAUGGCUACAGGUGGAUUUUGGAAAUCGGAAACAAAUCCGAUCAGUUGCUACACAAGGACGAUACAGUAGUUCUGAUUGGGUGUCUCAGUACCGCAUGCUAUACAGUGACACAGGUAGAAACUGGAAGCCUUAUCAUCAGGAUGGGAAUAUUUGGGCAUUCCCUGGAAAUGUUAAUUCAGACACUGUUGUUCGUCAUGACUUGCAGCAUCCAGUAACUGCCCGUUAUGUACGCAUAGUUCCUUUGGAUUGGAAUGAAGAAGGACAAAUUGGGCUACGAACUGAACUUUAUGGAUGUCCAUACUGGGCUGAUGUUAUCAAUUUUGAUGGAAACUCUGGUUUGUCCUAUCGAUUCAAGAACAAGAAGAUGAAAACGCUAAAAGAUGUCAUCUCUCUCAAAUUCAAAAGCUCUGAAAGUGAAGGUGUGAUCUUUCAUGGAGAAGGACAGGAAGGCGAUUACAUUACUUUGGAACUAAAAAAGGCAAAAUUGGUCCUUCAGCUAAACCUCGGUAGCAACCAGUAUGGAUCCAUUUAUGGCCACACUUCUGUGACGUCAGGAAGCCUUCUAGAUGACCACCACUGGCACACUGUCAUUAUAGAACGCCAUGGAAGGAACAUUAACCUUACACUUGACAGGCAUAUGCAGCAUUUUAAGACAAAUGGAGAUUUUGAAUCUUUGGACUUGGAUUUUGAGUUGACCUUUGGAGGCAUGCCCUUUUCUGGAAAGCCAAGCUCUAGUAGCAGGAAAAAUUUCAAAGGCUGUAUGGAGAGUAUCAAUUACAAUGGAAUAAAUAUUACUGAUCUUGCCAGGAGGAAGAAGGUAGAGCCAUAUAACAUGGUUAAUUUAAGUUUCACGUGUGUUGAAUCUCGGUCAGUGCCUGUAUUUUUCAAUGCAACCAGUUAUCUUGAGGUCCACGGGCGCCCAAAUGAAGAUUUGCUCUCUGUGAGCUUCCAGUUUCGCACAUGGAAUCCUAGUGGCCUCCUUCUUUAUAACAAGUUUAGUGAUGAGCUCGGCAAUGUAGAAGUUGAUUUAACGGACGGCAAAGUCAGUGUACACAUCAACAUGACCAAGUUGAAGAAAAACCGCAUUGAUAUCUCUUCAGGUUCAGGUCUUAACGAUGGACAGUGGCAUGAAGUACGACUCACAGCCAAAGAAAAUUUAGCAAUUUUAACUAUUGAUGGUGAUGAAGCCUCAUCUGUGAAAACAAACAGUCCUCUUCAAUUCCAGACUGGAAGCAGAUAUUUCUUUGGAGGUACAGGUUUUUACUCAUUGUCAAAUUACACAGAUCACUCCCUACUGCAGUAUUAUUUCCAAGGCUGCAUGCAGCUUAUCCAUGUGGAUGACCAGCUGGUUGACCUUCAUGCUGUAGAACAAGGAAAGCAAGGAAGUUUUGCGAACAUCAGUAUUGACAUGUGUGCCAUCAUAGACAGAUGUGUUCCUAAUAACUGUGAACAUGGCGGGAGGUGCACUCAGACUUGGGACAGCAUGACAUGCAACUGUGAAGGAACUGGGUACACAGGAGCAACGUGCCACAACUCUAUAUAUGAACUUUCCUGUGAAGCCUACAAGCAUCUCGGAAAAUCAUCAGACUGGUAUUGGAUUGAUCCAGAUGGCAGUGGUCCAUUAGGGCCUCUAAAGGUUUUCUGCAACAUGACAGAGGACAAAGUAUGGACGACCUUAUUCCAUGAUCUUCCACAGCAAACCCCUAUAGUUGCUGCCAGCCUUGAGAAACCAGUUGUUCUUAACUUGAAUUAUAGUGCAUCAGUGGAACAGAUUUCUGCUAUCACUGGCAGUGCUGAAUAUUGUGAACAGUACAUCUCAUAUACCUGCAGAAUGUCAAGGCUGCUGAACACACCAGAUGGAAAUCCGUAUACAUGGUGGGUUGGAAAAGGCAAAGAAAAGCAUCAUUAUUGGGGAGGUUCUUCUCCUGGUAUCCAGAAAUGUGCAUGUGGCAUUGAAAGAAACUGCAGUGACAGCAAAUUCCACUGUAACUGCGAUGCCGAUCAGAGACAAUGGAGAAAAGAUGCCGGAUUUCUGUCCUACAAAGAUCAUCUGCCUGUCAGUCAAGUAGUAGUUGGAGAUACAUUCCGUUCUUCAUCAGAAGCAAAGUUGUCAGUUGAACCACUUCGUUGUCAUGGAGACAAAAAUUACUGGAAUGCUGCGUCGUUCACCACACCAUCUUCAUAUCUGCAUUUUUCCACGUUUCAAGGUGAGACCAGUGCUGAUAUUUCAUUCUACUUCAAAACUUCAGCACCCGAUGGAGUCUUUCUGGAAAACAGAGGAAAAACUGAUUUCAUCAAAUUAGAAUUAAAAUCUAACACAGAGGUGUCCUUUUCUUUUGAUGUUGGAAACGGACCGGUUGAACUGAUUGUUAGAUCCCCCAGUCCACUUAAUGAUGAUCAGUGGCACCGGGUCAGAGCAGAAAGAAAUGUGAAGGAAGCCAGUUUGCAAGUGGAUCAGCUGCCAUUGCAGUUGCAUAAAGCACCCACCCAAGGUCACACAAGACUGGAACUGUACAGCCAGCUCUUUGUUGGUGCUGCUGGAGAUCAGCGAGGCUUCCUGGGAUGCAUCCGUUCUUUGAGAAUGAAUGGUGUGACACUGGAUUUAGAAGAAAGAGCAAAAAUCACACCAGGUGUUAAGCCUGGUUGCUCAGGACACUGUACCAGCUUCGGAAUGUACUGCCAGAAUGGAGGCAAGUGUGUGGAGAAGUAUAAUGGCUAUACCUGUGACUGCUCAAGGACAGCCUAUGAUGGACCUUACUGUAACAAAGAUGUGGGAGGAUACUUUGAGGAAGGUACUUGGCUGAGAUAUAAUUUCCAUUCAGCAUCCACAGCAGCAGUGGUCAGUACAAAAGAAAUUGGAAAUAUACCUCAGAGUUCUGCUUCAGACAUCGGUUUAGCAAAAGAAGAGCUACUAUUCAGUUUCAGCACUACAAAGUCACCAUGCAUCUUGCUGUACAUCAGCUCCUAUUCCCAAGACUAUCUAGCAGUCUUACUCAAGGCCUCAGGUAUCCUACAAAUUCGAUACAAUUUGGGUGGCACCAAAGAGCCAUACAACAUUGAUAUUUCUGAUCACAAAAAUAUGGCAAAUGGUCAGCCCCACAGUGUCAACGUCACUAGGAGCGGUAGAAACGUAAUAUUUCAGCUUGAUCACUACCCACCGGCAGUCUACAACCUUCCUUCUGCCUCUGACACUCAGUUUAAUGGACCGAAGGCCCUUUUCCUUGGGAAGGUUAUAGAAACAGGGACAAAAGAUCAAGAUAUCAAUUCAUACAAUACUCCAGGCUUUAGUGGUUGCCUGUCCAGAGUACAGUUCAAUCUCAUCGCUCCGCUCAAGGCAGCUCUGAGGUCAAGCAACAACUCUCAAGUGUUCAUCCAAGGGGAACUCGUGGAAUCGAACUGCGGAGCCUCUCCACUCACCAUCCCACCAAUGACUUCCAAUACAGAUCCUUGGCACUCAGAUUCUCGUGAGUUUCCAAACAAUGAAGGUCAAGCCAUAAAAGAUGGGGUGAACAGGAAUUCUGCGAUAAUUGGAGGCAUUAUAGCUGUGGUCAUCUUUACUAUACUCUGCACACUGGCAUUUUUAAUACGCUACAUGUUCCGUCACAAGGGGACCUACCACACCAAUGAGGCCAAAGGAGCUGAAUCUGCUGACACUGCUGAUGCUGCCAUCAUAAACAAUGAUCCCAACUUUACUGAAACUAUCGAUGAAAGCAAAAAAGAAUGGCUGAUCUGAGAGUGAGCAAGAAGAAAAGGGUUUGGGGGGAUAAAGAAGGGACUGUCUCGCCAGAGCUCAGCUUCAGACUUCUACUCAAAGUACCUGCACCGUCGGGAUUCCUGCAGGUCGACUGAAUAUGUUUUGACAGUACCACAAUGAUUAAACCUUAAAAGAGGCGUUCAAAAGUACUUUUUUAUUUACUUCUACAGUUGGGGUUUGCUCCUUCUGUAUAGCCCUGCCUAAAAAAAUGAAAUAUCGGCUUUUAGAAUUUCAGAAUUGGUUCAUAGUACUAUCUGUAUUUUAUUUUGUGUUUCAAAAGGGCCAUUUUAUACAGUUUUUAAGGUCUUCGAGAAUGAAACCCUUUGAAUAUACAAUAUACCGUUUAUUUAUGUGUAGGUGUGUGUAUAAACACAUAUACUGGAUAUGUGAUUUCUACUGUUAAAAGGCCAGUGGAUAAAUAUAAAAAAUACAAUAUUAUUAACAUACUUCAGUAGCUGCUAAUGAGAAACUUUUUCUGAUACCUUGUAACCCUAGCACAGCUCAAUAACAAUAUCCCAGCCCUGUAUAUAUGCACACACACACAUAAAUAUAUAUUUAUAUAUAUAUAUAUAUAUAUAUAUAAUCUAUCCAAAUCAUUAUUUUAAUUUACAAACAUAUCCCAAUUUAAUUGCCGCUGCAUGAAAUGGCACAAAGGAAUGCAAGGCAUGAGAAAGCGAAAAGAUUUGUCAUGGCAAAAACAAAAUGACGCCGCCAACUUGCAAAAUGCCAUAACUUUAAUAUCUUGAACAAGUGUAGGCCACAGAGCAAUUGCUAAAAAGGAAAGCAUGUAGACUAUAUAUAUAUAGUAUAUAUAUAUAUAUAUAUAUAUAUUGUAUAUUUUGAUUUUUAUUUAAUUUUAUUUAUUUUUUUCUGAAUUACAUUUUUGUUUACUAAUGUGGCAAUUUAGCAAAAUAGGCCCUAUAAUAUUUAUGCACUUGUCUUUUACUAUCUACUACGGUUGGUGGGCCUGAACUUCAAAGAUACAUGAACUAGGUUAAGAGGAAUGGAAAAACUUUUUUCAAAUGGCUUAAGGAAAAAUUCAGAGGCCAUUUUGAAAAUAUUUAUUUUAGGGAUCAGCUCAGUAAAUAAAAAGACAUUGGGGGUUGUCUUGUACAAGG